CCGAAGGGCGAUCGAGCUUUCCAUGCAAUCAGCUCCACGACCUCGAACGAAUGAACGAAUGGGCGUUAUGCGCCAGGAAGGAGCUUGGUGCAUGAAUUCUCGAUGCAUCUGUCGCUAAUUCGACAGGAGUGCCGUCGCGGCCAGACUGCGGACGAGCGAACAGACCCGUCUACUGCAAGGUUUCGAUGUCGGGCGAAGGUCGCCAUCGAACCCCAAUGCUCCCGCAAUGAGUGGAAUCGUUCGGUCGGAAUUGACGCACGGCGACGAGGAGUGGCUAAAGCAGAAGCAGCUGAAGAAACAUCGGGGAUUCGCCCGUCGUGAGUUUGUUUUGGUCAUGGAUGAGGAGAGCGAUGAUUUUUUAUUUGAUUGGUAGUAAUUAGGGAGUUUCGGAGAGGCUGCAAUUGCGCAGCACCCAUCUCCGUUUGAAUCCCGUCGGGGAGAGAGUUUCAGGCUGAUUGAGAUUAGGAAUUCGCGGCUCUCUGAUGGUAGGAAUUGGGAGGAUUUCCCGAAGAUCAUCGUCGGACUUUGCUUCGGCCAGGAGCUGGUAGUCGAGGCCGUGUCGUGGCCAUGGGAAGCCCGUUUGGAGGUGGAUUCUUCCAUCCCUGCAACGGAGGAACAGCAGGGGAUAGGAUGUUCGAGAGCUUAGCGGCGAAUGUCCUGCGGAGCUUGCAAUUCAGCUACUUGCUGAUGAAGGGAUUCAGUGCCACGAGUCGAGCUUUGAAGGAUGUUGGGAACAUGAGUGACAGAGGGUUGGGAUCUUCGGUGCCCAGAGGCGGUAGAGCAGGCUCGAGCAGUUGCUCGCUGAGCGUGGGAAGAACGACAGGGAUGGUCGAUGUGGGAUUCGGAGGAUUUUGGAAACGGCCGAGGAAACUGAGAAACAAUUUUCGACCUCGGGCAUCAUCUUCAGAGAAGGGACCCUCGGGUCCAGACGGGCCACGGCCAUCUUCUGGCAGUGGCGAAUGCAAGGGAAUCAGUGGAACCAAGACCAGUCGUGUGGAGAAAGCUUUGGAGCCCACACCGAACGGGAGUAGCAGUCUCAGCUAUGGAUCGGAGGUCAUCGGCGAGGCCUUUAGUACAGACGGCCACGGGUUGAGUGGCCUGGAUUUGGGAGGAACUCGACUUCCGGCAGAAUCUGUGCUUGUCAGUAAAUAUUCUAGCGGUUUGAGCAACAGGACGCUGUCGAUAACAGGACUCGGGGCAGUCGAUGGGGUGUCAGUCAGAUUGAAGCCUAUGGGGAAAGGUUUUGCCAAGGGCGUGAAGAUGGCGUCAGGUGUUGUAAAAGGGGUGAAAACGGCCACCGGAGUGCUGCAGAAGUUCUCGGCCCCAGCCGAGAGCGUCGUGAUGGGCUUCGGUGCUGCGAAUGGCGUGAUCAUGGGUUAUGAAGCUGCCAAGUUCAUCGUCAGCAGCGCCAAAAUUUCUAAGGAUUUUGUCAGUGUUUGGAAGCUCACGAAGAUGUAUAGAGAUCGAGCAGCGGCAAAUGCAGCCAAGAGCUCACUGGGAGGAGGGAAAACCCUCCGGGAGAGGUUCGCCAAGGGUCUCAAAGCUUCUGAUGGAGCUUUGACUCUUGUGAAAUUGACGAGAGAGUUUGGUGGCGGUAUGACCAGCAGCUUUCCGAGCGGCCUCUCCAAUUGGGACCUGAUUACGAAGGGUUAUGAAGUUUCCAGUGGGGUACUGAAGGUGUCUGAAGUUGCGUUGGGAUGGAAAGGUGGAAUGAUUAGCCUGUUAGGUAAGGGCUUUGUCAGUGUCAAGGGAGCUGUGAGUGGAGUCGGCGUGGUGGUCAAGACUGUUGUGCUCACGAAGGAAAUUUCGGUGGUUGUUUUAAAAGGAAUCGGUCUAUGGAGAGGUUCGAAGAAGGCCUUGAAAGUCAUCAAAGAGAAGAGGGAAUCAGGAGACUUCUUGUUCUUCAAAGCUAAGAAAAAAGACUUAAAAUGUGAGGAGCCAUUGGGCGCUGUGACCAUGGCAAUCCCUGCUGUGGGACCUGGACCUGCAGCUUGGAUUCUGUCCAUCACUUGUGAUCAUGCCCAGUGUGGUGCUUGUGAGACAGAUGCAUCUGAGUCCAGCUUGCUUCUCUCUUUAGCUUCCCUUCUAUAUGCUGAACACCAGUGCUCGUUGACACUAGAAUCCUCGGAAGCUAGUUGUUUCCUUUUAAGCAAUUCAGCGAUAAUACAGCCUUGCUGUUUCUAUCUCGCUCUUCCAAGUUAAGAGCGACAACCUAGAGGCUAUUAUCUGAUAAACUCCUUGUAGAAAGUCCAACACUAGUACUAGUGGUCAAAAAAUGGUGAGCGCUCUCGGCCCCAAUGUAGCAAAGAUAGUUGCAAAUUCUGGCAAAUGAGGUUAUCCAGCUGUCUUCGCAGCUGCAAUAAAAUUUUCAACGGUGUAAUAUAGACUAUGAAUAUCUUCGGUUCUCGCAGUGAAGAUCGGAAUUGAUGUAAUUUAUACUGGUCAGUAUGGGAUAAACCUGUCACUGAAGUGUCAGACAUAUGUUCCGUGAGGCUGAUCUGCUUUCUUCGGAAUGCCAUGAUCCUGGGUGCUAUCGUGCCAAGAGAUGUAUAUGUUAACUAGAUCAUCGUCUAGGCAUGUAGCAGUUGGUGGGUACAGACCGUGUUGAAUUUCCAAAGUGUACUGGGGUUCAUCUUUAGCAGUGGUCAGUGACAUUUAAGAAGCGGAGCUUGCACACUGCUAUGAUCUGAAAAUGUAGUGUACAGAGUUGCUAUUCUUUCCGCCACUAUUAUGUCGUUUUGAACUCAGUACGAAUAAUCUCAACGCCCUGUUUCAAUUCUUUUUGGGCACACUACUGGGUCUUUCUUUUUCCAGUCAUUCCAGGGGAUCUGAUUUCAGCUCCACACUCCCAUCAGUUGGAUGAAUAUUGAUUGUCUUUCAUAUUUGCUAUUUCCUUACGAAAAUAU